UCAACUACUCCAUUCUCUCUCUUAUUUACAAUUCUCUCAAUCCUCUCUCUAACUUAGGCAUCAGAGGAGGUCCCAGGAACCCCCUGAGGACCUUUCUUGUAGGUUUCGAAGACCGUUCGCCGCCAUUGGAAACCGCCUGAGCCCGUGGAGCUUCACCUAACCGCUUGGUACAUUCCAAGCACAAACAUUUUGGCGCCCACCGUGGGGCCCCACGACUUGGUUUCGGUGAAAAAGGGAGACGACUUCGAGACCCCUCUCAAAGGGAUGACAAAAAACAACACCCUUCGAGGCCUCUCGCCGAGGGUUGAAGAUGAAUCGGAGCUCGAGGAGGUUGUCAAGAGUCAAGGCUUGCAGAUCGCAAACAUGCAAGACAGCCUCUCCCAAAUUCUCCAACUUCUGAAGACAAGAGAAGACCCCACAGAAGGCUUAAAAGGGGAACUCCGCAAAGAUAAACAGAAGACCGCCCUUGUCCUCGACAUCCCUACUCGGACAGAAGGCGGAGGACAAGAGGUAGAGGAUGUAGACCUUGGGUUUUUGGAAGAGCACUUGCGGUCAACCUAUGGGAAGCGCAAGAGCCCCACUGUUCUCCAAAUCCCAUUGUCGCGGGAACUCUUCAAGACCCCAGUCCCGCCUAAUUUCUCGUCACUAGGACUCCCCACGUAUAGCGGAACCUCAGAUCCCGCAGACCUCCUUUGCGCCUUCAUGCUUAAGAUGCAGCUCAUCAACGCGUCCGACUCAGACUUAUGUCGGGCAUUUCCGGUCACCUUCAGCGGUCAAUGUAGAACGUGGUAUACCUCCCUCCAAGAAGGGAUAAUUGAGAAUUUUGAGCAAUUCGCGAUGCUCUUCUCCACGAAAUUCGCCUCCCAAAGGCGGCGCAAGCUCACCGUGUCCGCGCUCAUCAAUUGCCGACAAAAGAAGGAGGAAUCGCUUGCGGAAUUCUACGAUCGAUGGAAUGCGAUCGCAUGUGAGAUACAAGGCGGCUCCUCGGUCGUAGCCGCGGGAAACCUUAGGAUUUCCACGACCAGCAUCGAGCUCAAAAGGACCCUGAUCAAAAAGGAAGCCGCCUUAACUUCAUGGUCCGACCUGGAUCAGUUGGUAAGACGCGCGAUACUUCUAGAAGAGGCCUUAGUCACUGAUGAUCGGAAUCAGCAAAGCCGCACGCGGCCCAAACCACAGGAGUGUGGUGACACAAGACGCGGAAGGCGCUCUCCCGAGCGAAGGAAUUAUCGCAACAGAUAUUCAGAGCGAGAUGGAAAAAGAGAAGUGUUCUCCACUGACCGCGAAAGAGGAAGAGAAAGACGAAGGGGAGGAAGGAAAUCCGAGGCUUCUUCCGCACAAGAACCACAAGAUGGGAAGAAGUGGUGCGACUGGCAUCAAAUGACUACUCACGACACCGCAGAGUGCAGAGAGAUCAAGGGAAGCCUCCGAUAUCUGGCUCCAGGAGAUCUUCGAAGCUGCCUCAAGACGCGGCGACCGCAUCGGGAACUUUCCCAAGAAAUGCGAGAAGAUUCCAUCAGUCCUGAGGUAGAUAAAGCAAGGAGGUCAAGGAAGGAGCGAUCAAGAACGCCCCAAAGAAACAAGGCUGCAUCGCCACAAAUACAGUCUCCCGUCUACAGGCCGCCGCGCAACGAUGAAGAUGGGAUGGAGAUCAUAACUAUCGCGGGCGGCAGGAAGCGUCCCCGAACAGAAUGAGACCGCCUAGCCCAUUGCUUAAACAUGCAACGCAAGGUGUCAACUGAUGUCACCUUUCUUCCAUCCCAGCUGGCUAAGGAAGAAAAUUCAGAGAAUCCAUUGAUCGUUUCGUUCAGGACCGCCAAGUUCAAAGUCACCCACGCCCUCGUCGAUAAUGGAAGCUCAGCCGACAUCCUCUUCUACUCGGCCAUCAAAGGAAUGAAAAAGAGCGUCCAAG